GAGCAGCAUGGCUGAGCUGGAGCCCACCGCCGAGCAGUUGGAGCAGCUGGCACAGAUCGCUGUGAAUUCUGAGGAAGAGCAUUCUGUCAACUAUAAGCCGCCGGCACAGAAAAGCAUUCAGGAGAUCCAGGAGCUGGACAAGGAUGAUGAGAGUCUGCGCAAGUACAAGGAGGCGCUGCUGGGCCGUGUGGCUGUCUCUGCUGACCCCAAUGUCCCCAACGUUGUGGUGACCCGCCUGACCCUGGUGUGCAGCACAGCCCCAGGCCCCUUGGAGCUGGACCUGACAGGAGAUUUGGAGAGCUUCAAGAAACAGUCAUUUGUGCUGAAGGAGGGAGUGGAGUACAGGAUCAAAAUCUCUUUCCAGGUAAACAGAGAGAUUGUGUCCGGCAUGAAGUACGUCCAGCACACCUCCAGAAAAGGCUUCAAGCUGGACAAGACUGACUACAUGGUGGGGAGCUACGGCCCGAGGGCAGAGGAGUAUGAAUUCCUGACCCCUGUGGAGGAGGCACCCACAGGCAUACUGGCCCGGGGCAGCUACAACAUCAAGUCCCGCUUCACAGACGAUGACAAGACAGAUCACCUGUCCUGGGAGUGGAACCUCACCAUCAAGAAGGACUGGAAGGACUAAGCCCUGGCCAGGAGGCGAGCAG